AUGGCAUAUGAUCCCCGCCGAACAAAUUCGGGAACCUCAACCCCCCAACCUCCUCCUCCCCCUCCAGCUCCAGCUUCAGCUCCAGCACCCGAAAUGGCCUCGGCACUAGAUCCUGCAGACUCGUACAAGCUCAAGUUCUGUACCGUCUGCGCCUCAAACAACAAUCGCUCCAUGGAAGCUCACUUCCAACUCUCCGGCACUGCCUUCCCAGUCAUCUCGUUCGGAACUGGCUCUCUCGUCCGCCUCCCAGGCCCCUCAAUCACUCAACCAAAUGUCUACCACUUCAACUCUACCUCCUACAACCAGAUGUACGAGGAGCUCCACGGCAAAGACGAGCGUCUGUACCGAGGCAAUGGCAUUCUCAAUAUGCUCGAUCGCAACCGCCAGCUGAAAUGGGGCCCCGAACGAUUCCAGGACUGGGUCCCUGGUGUUCCGCGCGUGGACCACCUAUCCAAGGGCGACAAGGGUGCUGCUGGAACGGAGGGGGGCGUGGUUGACGUGAUCAUCACUUGUGAAGAGCGCUGCUGGGAUGCCGUGGUCGAUGACCUGAUGAAUAAGGGCUCAACUCUCAACUAUCCCGUUCACGUCUUCAAUGUCGAUAUCAAGGAUAACCACGAAGAGGCCUUGACCGGUGGAAAGGCCAUUCUCGAUCUUGCCAACCGCUUGAAUUCCGCUGCUGCCGCUGAGCACCAGGUUCAUGGCUCUCAGGGCUGGGAGAAUGGCACUGGUGCUGCGCGUCAGAGCUUCGAUGAAAAUGUUCCUGGUAUCCUGGCCGACUGGCAGGAGAAAUAUCCCAACCUGCCGGCUUUGUGGACUGUCGCUUGGCUUUAG